UUUAAAUUUCAGCUCCUGACUAAAAUCAUGAUCCGCAGUCAACUGCUAGAGAAUCUGGGCACCUCGGUGCCUCUGGAGCGUGCAGCGGGUGUGGGCAAGGCAGGGGGAGUGGGCGAAGCUGCUGGUUGGUGCCUGAAAUCUGUGCGUUGCCCCUUUAAUUGUGUCCCCAGCCCUCGGGCGUUUCUGUCCAACGCCCACGUCAGCAAAUACCUUUUGUUUCUCUCACGUUGGGGCUACUUGUUUUAGGGCGCAAAGGAACGGCCUCGAAAGGGGGUCCUUCCCCGGCCGAGAACCAGGAAUCUUCCCCCGGCCCGCGCGCGCGACCGGCCGGUGCGCCUCGGCCCGCGGGCCAUCCUUCAAACACAGUAUUUGACUUAGAAUCUUCCCUUUUUAACUCCAUUCAAGAGCAGCAUUCAUAAAUUUCCAGAAUGGAGAUCUCCUCUCAUCAGUCUCACCUUCUGCAGCAACUGAACGAACAGCGCAGGCAAGAUGUAUUUUGUGACUGCAGUAUUCUAGUUGAAGGGAAGGUCUUCAAAGCACAUCGAAAUGUAUUAUUUGCUAGUAGUGGCUACUUUAAAAUGCUUCUUUCUCAGAAUUCAAAGGAGACAAGUCAGCCAACUACAGCUACAUUUCAGGCUUUCUCCCCUGACACCUUUACAGUUAUCCUGGACUUUGUAUAUUCUGGCAAACUGUCUCUUACUGGUCAGAAUGUCAUAGAAGUGAUGUCAGCUGCUAGCUUCCUACAGAUGACUGAUGUCAUAAGUGUAUGUAAGACUUUUAUUAAAUCUUCCUUAGACAUUAGUGAGAAAGAAAAAGAUCGCUAUUUCAGUCUCUCAGAUAAAGAUGCCAAUUCUAAUGGUGUAGAACGCUCCUCUUUUUAUAGUGGUGGCUGGCAAGAAGGAAGCAGUUCUCCACAUUCUCACCUAAACCCAGAGCAAGGAACAGGUAUAAUAAGUGGAAAAUCCUGGAGUAAGUAUAAUUAUCAUCCAACCUCCCAGAGGAAUACUCAACAACCCUUGGCCAAGCAUGAACCAAGGAAAGAGUCCAUUAAAAAGACCAAACAUUUGAGAUUGUCACAGCCUUCUGAAGUUACUCAUUAUAAGUCAAGCAAACGAGAAGCACGAACAUCCGAUUCUUCCAGCCAUGUUUCCCAGUCUGAAGAACAAGCACCAAUUGAUGCUGAAAUGGACUCUACUGCUGUUGGCUAUCAGUACAGUCAAGGAUCUGAUGUCACAUCCAAAAGUUUUCCAGGUGAUCUGCCCCGGAUGCGAUUCAAGUGCCCAUACUGCACACACGUGGUAAAGCGGAAGGCAGACCUAAAACGCCACCUUCGUUGUCAUACGGGAGAAAGGCCCUAUCCAUGUCAAGCUUGCGGAAAAAGAUUUAGCAGGCUAGACCAUCUAAGUAGCCAUUUUCGAACAAUUCACCAGGCAUGUAAACUCAUCUGCAGAAAAUGUAAACGUCAUGUGACAGAUCUAACAGGGCAAGUGGUACAGGAGGGAACCAGGCGCUACAGACUGUGUAAUGAGUGUCUUGCAGAAUUUGGCAUUGACAGCCUCCCCAUUGACUUGGAAGCUGAACAACAUCUUAUGUCCCCAUCAGAUGGAGAUAAGGAUUCCAGAUGGCACUUGAGUGAAGAUGAGAAUAGAUCCUAUGUGGAGAUUGUAGAAGAUGGGUCUGCUGAUCUGGUCAUCCAACAGGUUGAUGAUAGUGAAGAAGAAGACGAAAAAGAAAUUAAGCCCAACAUUAGGUAGCUGUAAUGUGAACCAACAGAGCUGGCAUGUCUGCAAUUUACAUUGACUUCCUCUCUCUUUCUAUGGUCAGAAUCUAGUUAACAAAUUUAUCAUACUGACUUUGAAGAAAUGACCUGAUAUAACUUGCAUGCUUUCUGAACAGGCCAUUGUAUCCAUUCUGAACUUUGUUGCCCUAAAGUGUGUUGCUGCACUGGAAAGAACCAGCUUGAGUUGGCAUGAUGGAUGAACAAUUAUCCUCUUACUUUCAUUACAGUCCUCUUACUUUAUUACAGAGAUACCCUUUUUCUUUUAAUAUUGGAAGAUCUACUUAGCACAUUUUUUCAAAGAAAUACUUUAAAUAAAUUCACCACAAUCAAACUUUAUGUAAAACAAUUUCAAGAUGUUUCAAAACCACAUAUACUACCAAUGUUGAAUUUCACAGGGAAACAGUUAAGAAUACAUUUAAGUAUCUGACAACCCACCUGACUAAAGAAAUUAGUCUUUCUAUUAAUUUGAGAUCUGAAACAACUUGUCAUUACUCUGAUAUUAAGGAUUAUGGAAGAAGACUAAAGUAUUUGAAAUUGUUCAUAUUUGCAAUUUUUGUCAUUAGGUUAAAAAUUACUCUCAGUGUUGUU